GGUUCAUCAUCCCUGAUGAUAGGAGGGAGGAGUUCAGUGCAGUGACUGUUAUGCGUCGGGCCGUGGACUUGUUGGAGCAGUCACUCGAGGUGCCAGAUGCUCCUGCAGAGGGCACGCAUUCCCGAUCCCUCACUGAGAGGGCGCUGGAUCUUAUUAGAUCCAAUGCCUUCAUUGGUACCCAGGGGGUAGCCUUUGCUGCUGUCCGAGGAGCUAGAGCUGCAGGAGGCAGAGCGCGUGGAGGCAGAGGCCGUGGAGGCAGAGGCCGUGGAGGCAGAGCCCGUGGAGAGGGUGCUCCUGCAGAGGGUGCUCCUGCAGAGGGUGCGCGUGGAGGCAGAGGCCGUGGAGGCAGAGCCCGUGGACCUAGAGGUCGUAGAGGGGCCGGUAGGGGUCGGGGCGAGUGAUUUACUGUAUAUUUGUAUAUAUUUUUUUUGUAUUUUUAUAUUAUGACAUGUGACUCUUUGUAUUAGGACUCUCUUUAUAUUAAUCAUGCUUUCUAUUUUCACUCAUUAUAUGCCGACUCUUGUAUUGAAAAAAACCCGUAUAACUACACCGUAAAUAAUCAAAGGCAGGAUAAGUAACAUAAAUAAUUCAUGGCAAACAGUU